UAUUAGAGAAAAGUAGACGCCCGCAGCCAGCAAGAUAACGUUAAAGUUUGGAAAUAAUCCCGAAAGGGGAAAGUUGACGGUUAGGAUCCGUACUUGUGAUUCAUCCAACGGUUCAUAUCACCAAGUUGAAUUUCUUCUCUUUAUCACUCUCUCUUCUCUGUCUGAAGAUGUGUUCCGAUUUUCAACUCCAACUCCAAUGAUAGAUUACUUUUCAAAGGUUUCCACAUAGACCUAGUUAUAUAGACAUAAAUAUAUACAUAUAUACACACACACACACACAGAUAGAUAUAGGUUGUCUGUAACAUAUAUGUUCUUUGAAUUUGGUUUUUGUUGUUGAGGUUUGGCGAUGCCGUCGGUUGACUAUCUACGCCCUGUGGUUUACACGAGAUUCCAUUUGAAUUCGAAUUCCAAUUUUCACGAUUGGCGCGGAUUGGGAUUCUGCCGAGCUCAAUCUAGGGUUUUCCACCGCGACUCGGGAUGUCGCGCUCAGAAUUCGGUGCCGUUCCCUUCGGCUCCCGUGAGAGUUUCGGACGAAUUCGGGCUCUGGAGAGGUCGCCCGAGGAGCAAUGGAGGAUUGAGGAGGAUUAGGGUCUUGGCGAGCGGUCAGGAGAGCGAUUCGGGCGAGAAGAGCGAGGCGAAGGCCGGCGAGGGACAGGGCGUGAACAAAGAGUCGCCGAAUUCGAGCUCGCCGGCUUCGAAUCGGAGGAGUGAGAGGCAGGGGAAAGGGAAUUGGUGGUCGUCGUCCAAAGGAGGAGGUAAGUGGCGGUGGCAGCCGAUAGUUCAGGCCCAGGAAAUCGGGAUUUUGCUUCUGCAAUUGGGAAUCGUCAUCUUCGUCAUGCGUUUGCUCCGGCCGGGGAUUCCUUUGCCCGGUUCGGAGCCGAGAACGCCGACGACUUUUGUCAGCGUUCCGUACAGCGAGUUUUUGAGCAAGAUUAACAGCAACCAGGUUCAGAAAGUCGAGGUUGAUGGGGUACACAUCAUGUUUAAGUUGAAGAACGAGGCAAUUGGUCAGGAAAUUGAAGCGAAUGGUGCGAGUAAGUUGCAGGAAUCGGAGUCUUUGAUAAAAAGUGUGGCUCCGACGAAGCGGGUGGUUUACACGACGACGAGACCGAGUGAUAUAAAAGCCCCGUACGAGAAGAUGCUUGAGAAUGACGUCGAGUUUGGGUCGCCGGAUAAGCGGUCUGGUGGGUUCUUGAAUUCUGCAUUGAUAGCGUUGUUUUAUGUUGCUGUGCUUGCAGGGCUUCUCCACCGCUUUCCUGUAAGCUUUUCUCAGCAUACUGCCGGUCAGAUUAGAAACCGCAAAUCUGGAGGCUCUGGUGGCACAAAAGUCUCUGAACAAGGAGAAACAAUCACCUUUGCAGAUGUUGCCGGUGUUGAUGAGGCUAAGGAGGAGCUUGAAGAAAUAGUGGAAUUUCUUCGAAAUCCAGAUAGGUAUGUACGACUUGGUGCCCGUCCUCCUCGUGGUGUUCUUUUGGUGGGACUUCCUGGGACUGGUAAGACUCUUCUUGCAAAGGCUGUGGCUGGAGAAGCUGACGUACCUUUUAUAAGUUGUUCUGCUAGUGAGUUUGUGGAAUUGUAUGUUGGUAUGGGUGCCUCUCGUGUGAGAGAUCUCUUUGCUCGUGCAAAGAAGGAAGCACCAUCAAUAAUAUUUAUUGACGAGAUAGAUGCUGUUGCAAAAAGUCGCGAUGGUAAGUUUCGCAUUGUCAGCAACGAUGAGCGAGAACAAACCUUGAAUCAGUUGCUCACAGAGAUGGAUGGAUUUGACAGUAAUUCUGCUGUGAUUGUUCUUGGUGCAACUAAUCGCUCAGAUGUCUUGGAUCCUGCACUUCGCCGGCCGGGGAGAUUUGAUCGCGUGGUCAUGGUGGAGACACCUGAUAGGACUGGAAGAGAAGCAAUUUUAAAGGUGCAUGUUUCAAAGAAAGAACUUCCUCUAGGAGAGGAUAUAGACCUCAGCCAUAUUGCUUCGAUGACUACUGGCUUUACUGGGGCGGAUCUUGCAAAUUUGGUGAAUGAGGCUGCUUUGUUGGCUGGAAGACAGAACAAAGUUGUUGUGGAGAAGGCUGAUUUCAUUCAAGCUGUUGAAAGAUCAAUAGCUGGAAUAGAGAAGAAGACUGCCAAAUUGAAGGGAAGUGAGAAGGCUGUAGUUGCAAGACAUGAAGCUGGUCAUGCCCUAGUAGGGACUGCUGUUGCAAAUCUUCUUCCUGGACAACCACGUGUAGAGAAGUUGAGCAUAUUGCCAAGGUCAGGUGGUGCCUUGGGGUUUACUUAUAUUCCACCAACUAAUGAAGACAGAUAUUUACUUUUCAUUGACGAGCUACGUGGCCGCUUGGUUACUCUUCUUGGUGGACGUGCAGCAGAAGAAGUUGUCUAUUCAGGUCGUGUGUCAACAGGUGCACUUGAUGAUAUUAGACGUGCGACUGACAUGGCAUACAAGGCAGUAGCUGAGUAUGGUCUUAAUAAGACCAUUGGCCCUGUUUCUAUAGCCACACUAUCAGGUGGUGGAAUGGAUGACUCUGGGGGAGGUCUUCCUUGGGGGAGGGAUCAGGGACAUCUUGUUGAUCUGGUUCAAGGAGAGGUGAAAGCUCUUUUGCAAUCUGCUUUGGAGGUUGCUCUUUCUGUAGUACGUGCUAAUCCUACUGUUUUGGAGGGGCUUGGCGCUCAAUUAGAAGAGAAAGAGAAAGUGGAAGGUGAGGAGCUGCAAGAGUGGCUAAAGUUGGUGGUUGCACCUACAGAGUUGUCAAUAUUCGUUAGAGGCAAGCAAGAGUCUCUUCUUCCAGUGCAGACAGGACCUGGGAUUACGACCUUCCCUUAAUCUGUUUUUAGGUUAAAAAUGGACUAAUGCAACAAGGCCCGUCAGUGAGCUUGUCUUCUUGAUCGGCAUCCGUCAACUCACCCAUACAGCUUUUGUAUAUCUCACUAUAGUGAAAUUUGGGUUCCAUUUCUUAACACCAACUCUUUCUUUAUCCCACAUUUUCCAAUCCAACAAAUGAGACGACGGGAAGAAGUUAAAAGGUAAGUACUGGCAGCAGCCCUCUCAAGUGUUUGAUACGUGUGGGUUGGUUUUUUGAAUUCUGCUGUAUAGUUGCUAUUACAAAACUCGGGUCCGGCUGUAUACAAUUGUAAUUGUUAUUCAGUUGUAUACUACACUAUAUUAUUUGUGAAAUAUAACAUACUCCACACGUUGGGUUCAAUAGUCCAUAUUAAUGGUCUGCAUACUGUAUCAUUAGAUUUUGUUCUAAAGAUACCCUUUCCAGUGACACUCUA